CUGCGCAAUGAUUGUGUUGCUGCUUUGCGCAGAGAGCACAGUGGCAGCUGCUGUAACCGCCGCCACCAUUUCGCCGCGAUAUUUUUUUGUGUGUGUUGGCCAACCUUUUGUAAAUAGUUGGGGAGUCUUGGAUAAAAGAGCACAAUAGUAUUCAUGUGGGCCCUUUUAUGGUCUGUGAAUGCGGUCCUUAAGUCCCACUCUCUCUGGCUGUCCUGUCUCUCCCCGUCAGCGACGUGCAUGCGUCCUAGCACUGGCCACCACACAUCCACCACAGCGAGGCCACUCUGCUCCUGCUGCACAUUCGCUCUGUUUGGUUCCUCCUUUGGCCAAAAGUCGAGCACCGAUGGUGCGCCGAGCGUCACGGUGCAGGCCGUUACGAUCAAAUCGAAACAACAAACAAACAUCAGCCACGGAUACAGCACAUCACUGACUCCGUGCACAUUUGUAUUAAGUUUCCUGAGUUAUGCAACCGCAUCCUCGCAGAGCAAACUGCUCAUCAGCCUUUAUUUACCCGUCACCCACCAUCGGAUGGAUCAUUACGUGUGUAAUAUGUGAAAUGGACCCGUUUCUGUCGCGACGGCACUGAAUUGGGUAGAUAUGUCAUUUGCAAAUCACCCAGUGCCAUUUGCGUCACAGCCCGCGGCCUCGCACGCCCAUGGGGGGCGAUGGAGUUGCAAAUGGAGACUGUGUGUGUGUGUGUGUGCUGACGCUGCCCCAGCUGAAAGGGAACCAAUAGACAGGGACUCGGGCGGCAACAAUCACCGUGCGCUUCCACUCUCCUGUAGUGCACCGACUUGGGAUUCCGUGUGUCAAACGCGGAAGACCGCCUCGUUUAUUCGGGAUGGCUGCGUUUCCAGCUCACUGCCAGGGAUGCGUUACAGGUGUGAGCUGGUAGUGAACGCGUGGCGCAGCAGCCAGUCUUGGCAUCAUGGUGAAGGUCCAGAAGUCGUCUGGGAGGAAGAGCUCUCACUGUCGCCGCAGACAGAGUGGUGGUCAGGCAGAGAUGGAGGAUGACCAGUUCCACUCAGAGACUCAGCAUGCAACACAGGAGCAGCCCCACGGAGGAGACCAGUCCUCAGACCAAGCCCAACUCCAGACAACUGCUCAGUCCGAGAACGGGGACCAGAGGGAAAUGCCGAUGGACUUUCAGGACUCUGCAGCCCAGGCCAAGCGUCUGUGGAAACCCAUUCCCCCUCUGCUACCUGAGCCCGAUCACCACGGGGGCACUACCACUGAGACCAGAGACCAGAGCUGCCAGACUGAGGAGCAGCUUCAGCAGACCAGUGCCAGCAACUAUAGUCAUAACACAGGUGUCUGUACUGAGCCAGGAGAUCCUCCACUGCUCCAGCAGCCUCUGCACACCUCAAAGUCUGGGAUUCAGCAGAUAAUCGAAUGCUUCCGCUCAGGCACCAGUCAGCUGAGGCACAUGCUGCUGAGAGAGGUGGACACCAUUUUUGAGUGCAGAAUGUGCCGCAGUCUGUUCCGCGGCCUGCCCAACCUCAUCACGCACAAAGAGUACUACUGCCUGUCGCGGCUGCCCGAUCCAGACGGUUCUUCUGGGGAGGACAGGCAGAGUGCAGCCAUGAAGGAUUUACUGGACGCCAUAUAUCCCAGAGCCGAGCGACCGGACUUUGUCGUCCGAUUGGAGCCUAUUCAGACCACUACCAAGGCCGUGUUCCAGUACCUUAGCACAGAGGAUGAGCUAACAAGAUAUCCAUCACGCACAACCAGUGCCAGACAGAGUCCAGUAGCAUGGGAAGGAGAGGCAGUGGAGAGCGGGGACCAGGCGAACCAGCGAGGCGCAACAGAAAGCCACGGCAGCCCUGCACAAAACCAGGGACAAAGGAGAUGGGAGGGCGAGGAGGAAACUAAAGACGAGCAGCCACAGCCGGAAGAUGAGGGCUCCACGAGCGGGGUCGACGACGUGACAAUCUCGUGCUGUCUGUGUGGUCAGGACUUCAACUCGCGUCGCAGCAUCAGGCGUCACUGUCGCAAGAUGCACCAGACCAAACUCGAGGAGCUCCGGAAGUUCACCGAGACACGCACAGUACCCACCAGCCUGCUCUCUAUGGUCAAAGGUCGGCCGAGGACUCUCAGCACACCGACUGGAAAAUCCUGCCCAGUGUGCCUCAAAUCCUUUGCUACCAAAGCCAACGUGCGGCGUCACUUUGACGAGGUGCACCGCGGUCUGCGGAGGGACACCAACUCGCCCAGCGUGACCCCGCGGCCGAGCCAGCCCCUGCCCGUGGAGGCCACGCCACCCAAAAAGAGCAGCAGUUACUCGCCGACACGUGGCCACAAUUCCAAGUCCGCCACUUUGAACUCUAAACCGACAUCUUCAAACCAAAACCAAGCCAAACCUCAGAGUCAGCCGUCUGCCACUCCACAGGCAAACCCGGUCUCAUGUCGCUGCACGCUCUGCAAGAGGAAUUACAGCUCUCAGCUCAUGUUGAAGAGACACAUGCGUAUUGUCCACAAAGUAUACAGUGUAAAAAGUAACAGAUCUGCUGCCACAAAACCUCCUGCUGCUCCAGCGGCUCCAGCACCUCCAGUCGCUCCAGCAGCUCCAGCGGCUCCAGUAGCUCCGUCUGUCAGCAGCAGCAGCAGCACCAACGUAGGCUCAAGCAACAGCAUCCGAGUGAAGGAGGAGGCAGUAGAGCCUUCAGAUGACGAUGACGAGGAGGAGGAUAGUGACAGCAGCUCUGCCCCGUCUCCGAGUGACAGCACUGGGAUGACUAAAGGUAUUUCUGUGGCUCAAAACUCCUUGAAGGUGAAGGAAGAGGAAGCACCGCAGAGCCCAAAGACCAUGUCGUCGUCCUCGUCGUCGUCCUCACGCGGGGGAGGUGUGUGCAGCGGAGCCGUCACCACCAAAAUCCCCAAACUCUCGGUGGGCUUUGACUUCAAGCAGCUCUUCUGUAAGCUGUGUAAGCGACAGUUCAGCUCACGGCAGAACUUGACAAAGCACAUUGAGCUGCACACAGACGGCAACGACAUCUUCAUCAAGUUCUACCGCUGCCCGCUCUGUCGCUACGAGUCGCGGCGCAAGCGCGACGUCCUGCGGCACGUGACCGUCGUCCACAAGAAGUCGUCCACGUACCUCGCCAAGAUCAUGCCCAAACUGGAGAGCCGGGCGGUGAAGAGGCUCGCAGAGGCGGUGCUCAACAGCACGAGUCCCAACAAGAGGACAAGCGCCAGCGUGAAGGAGGAAGUCAACGGACGUCCCACCUCUUCAUCGUCCCCCUGUCCUUCUCCACCCGUCACACGCAAACAAGAAGGCUCCGCCGCGGCCCCGACUUCCUCUUCGGCGACCCCCUCCUCUUCGUCCUCCGCACCCCCUACCGCCCCAGCCACCCGAAAACAGCAAGACGUCCCAUCGCUGCCGUUAACGCCGUCCCCUCCGGUCACCCGCAAGCAGGAGAGACAGCAGAGCCACCAGCAUCGCCCCACCAGCCCGCCACUGACCCGGCGCAGUGAAAAACACACGCACCUACGCAACUCCUCCUCCUCCACAUCCACCUCCACCUCCACCUCAUCGCCCAGCAUCCAAGCGCCGCACACGCGGCGACACGACGCACAGUCGGAGAGCAGCAACGCGGGGACGACCUCCACCGAGGUCAGGGUGACCAAGAAUUUCUCCCUCCAUGCGUGUGACCAGUGUGGACGAGCUUUUGCAAAGAAGCUCUAUCUGGAGUCUCACAAGAGAAGCCACCGCAAUGCAACGACAGCAGCAGCCAACAAGAGGAAAGGAGUGAGCACCCGCUCCAAAUCUCUGAUCUGGUGAAAGAGUUCCGCUGGCGAUAACCCGACGACCGAGCCCCCAACAAUGAAGGAAAGAUUCAAAACACUGAAAGAGAAACAAAAAACAAUGGAUGAAUGGAUGUAGCAGAGACCAGAGAUGGAGGAAACAAACAAGAGGAACAAUGAAGCAGGACAGGACUGAAGUACGUGUGAAGGGUUUUCCGCCUAUUGUUUAAGAACCAAAUAUGUUGUCGGGAACGAUGUUUCUUUUGUGCAUUUCCACGGUGAAUCCACGGCGGCGCUGCUAUCCAUUUAGAGUCCGCUUGCGACUGUCGCACAUGUCUGUAUUUACUUUCGACAGUAUGUAAAUAUAGAUGCGUAUGCAGGCGACUAACGCAAACUGCUUUGCUCUCUGUAAAACCAGCUGUAGAAAAAGUGUGUGAAAGAGUGAGUGAAUCAGAGCAGAAGCCACGUUCAACUUGUUUGUAGAAUUUCAGACCAGUUAAUCUUAAUUUGUUAUGUCUAUUAAUUAAUGAAGGAAACAGAACCCACUUUGCUUAGAUUAUCAGAAAAUACGUUUACACCAUUUUCACGUCCUGCUUUCUCACAGUGAUCCCCCCCCCGUCAGUGUAGCUGGGUGCCUUAGAGUUUGAACGUCUACGUCAAAUGUUUCCUCACAGUUUCCAUCUGCAUUUAAAACAUUCAUUAUGCUACGAGUCUUAUUUAAUGACCUGCUGUCUCGUCUUUAUUGCGCUCAUCAGCCUAGAUGGUUAAAUCGGGUCUGAUCAAAAUAAGGGAGAAUCCAAGGUGUUACACAUCUUUUUUUAAUUUUCCCAGUAUCCACUGGUGUUGUCUACUGUGUUUCAGUCAGCAGGAACACGUCGUGAGGAGUAAUCCGUGGUUGACAGCUUUUAUUUGCAGACGAGGUCGCCUUUGGUUUAUCGGCUAUGCCGCUUUUUGAAAUUACAAACCAUUAUAACUGGAAAAUCACAAAUAUGAGAGCAUAAGGACCGUAAAGUGUUAACUGUACUGUGUCUCCCAAUCGGAGUAAUAAUUUAAAAUGACCACUUGGACAUGGCUGUCUCCACUUAACGUAGCAGCAGCAGCAGCAGCGGAUGCAACAAGUUUUGAUUUGACCGUGGCUUUUGGGGGGAAUCUGUUUAUUUACGGUGCUAAUAUUGAUCAUUAAGUGCCAAAUGAUCGGAAACUAGAAAGCCGCCUGCCUAUGAACGCGUCACUUUUCCCCGCUCAAAAGUUUACAUUAAACUUUUUUGUGUUUUCUUCCACUCACAAUGAAAUGUUGCAGGAGCCUUUUUUCCCCUUUGUCUUUACCAAUAUAAUUUAUAAACAUCAGUUCCUCCUGAGGUAGUCUUGAAAAAACACUGGCACACGAAGAGAAGCUGGACCGAACCCGAGGAAGACCAAAUGUACAGUAGAUAUGUCUUAAAUGUUCAAACGAUCGGAAGCCAUGAAAUGGAACAAAAGCAGGAAAAAACGAGGAGCGGAGGAAAGACCAAACUUUAUUUUUAUAACUGAAAACGCUAGCGUGUCAGUCUUGAAAAACAUGUACAUAUGGAUUCAUCCUAAAACGGAUGGUAUAAAUGAUGAUAGUUCUAUUAGUCGCAGUAGUUACUGACUUAUACUUAAGCGUUGGUUGACAUUAUGCUUUGAACAUGUCCGACUCAGUCACUGUUUAACACUGAGGCAAGUUUAGUUGUCGUUUUUUUUUUUUGGUAUCUCAUUCCUUUUGAAGGAGGACGCCUUGUUGAAACGUGACGAGAAGAGAACGUGAAUCGAACCUCAAGAAACUCUUUAGGACUUUUGUUUUUUGUCAAAUUUAACGUAGCCAAUUCCCUCCUCAUUAGUUGUAAUCUGUUAUUUAGCUUCACAUCCUAGAGAGAAACACGAGAGGAACCUUUUGAGAUGUGACGAGAAUGUUGAACCCAACCACUUAAAUAAAAAUGUACUGCUUCAAACCUCA